UCUCUCUCUCUCUCUCUCUCUCAGCUUCUUCACCACUUCUCAAAUCCCAACUCAACUCUCCAAAUCCCUAAAACCUCAUCAUGUGCUCAUCUCUUUUCCUCCCAACCUUCUCUUCCUUCCUUCUACGACGUCGUUCUCUCCCCCAAUCCCCAAUUCUCUACAAACCCAGAUCCCCAACACUCCCCCUUCGCCUCUCCGCCUCUCUCUCCCACCAAAGCCUCGACCUUUCUUGGCUUCCUCCCGAUCCUGAUUCCUACGCCGGCUGGGGACCCCCCAAAGCUCCCAUUCACCCCAAAAACCAAGGGUUACCUACAUUUGUGAUCAGGACUAUUGUAGCUUCUGUGGCAGUUGCUGUAGCUGCCAUUGCUUACUUCUCGCUAACCCGAAAAGGUUUUAAGUUUCGGAUUACUGGUCCAUUGCAUGUUCUUCACGGGAUAUUAAGUCCGGCUGAUACUAGUACUGAAAACAGUGGAGCAUUGGAUGAGGAUGGACUGGUCUCAGAGACUGGGACCGAGGCUAUACCUGUUACCGAUAGGAGAAGUGUUGCAUCAGAGAAGCUUGAGAGGAUUUUGAUCCCUGUUGCUUUAGAUUCUACUCAACAGGAAGCUUUGACAGUUUUGAAGAAACUGAAGAUCAUUGAACACGAUGUCAAGGCUGAUGAACUGUGUACUCGAAGGGAAUAUGCUAAAUGGUUAGUUCGAAUGAACACAUCAUUGGAAAGGAAUGUAAAGCACCGACUUGUCCCAUCAGUUUCACUCUCUGGCUCCCUUGUUACUGCAUUUGAUGAUGUGAGUGUCAAGGACCCUGAUUUCAGGUCCAUCCAGGCCCUGGCUGAAGCUGGUGUCAUUCCCAGCAAAUUAUCACCAAAGAGCUCUCAUGGAAACAACUAUUUCUUCCCUGAGAGGUUUAUAUCUCGGCAGGAUCUGAUUGACUGGAAAGCCCAUUUAGAGUAUGACUUUUCGCCAGAAAUAAAUGAUCAGACAUCAACAGUAGUAGAUUUUAUGGAUGUGAAAGAUAUCAGUCCAGAUGCAUCAGCGAGACUAUAUGCUGACUUGCUGGCCGGGGAAAAAAGCAUACUCAGAAGAGUUUUUGGACAGUGCAAGCGACUGCAACCAAACAAACCUUCAACUAAAGCACAAGCAGCAGUGGCACUAACAAGUGGUAGGAUCUCAGAAGCAAUUUCAUCUGAACUUUUGAGACUGAAGGCUGAAAGCUCUGCAAGGAAGGCAGAGAUGGAGGUUAUCAGGUCCGAGUUACUGGAUAGAGAAGACAUACAAAAGUUUUGGGAUGAGAAACUAAAUGCAGAGAAAACUCAUGGUCUUGAAGUAGGGAAGGCGUAUCAUGCUGCCCUUAGUGCUUUGGAAGAGGAGAAAAGUGUUCAAGAAAGGUACUCUGCUGAGCUUCUAAAGGAGAAGGCAGCUAUGGACUGUCAAAGGCAACUACUUCUUAGUCUCAAGGAAGAGGUGAAUGAGAUGUCAGAAAAGCUUGCAUCGGAGAGGACUACAUAUGUGGCUGAGAAGUGCGCUAUGCGUGAUGUGCUGUGUGAUUUAGAGACUAAGCGGGAAAGUAUGCUUGAUCAGAAAUCAAUACUUGAAGCUGAGAUAGAAGCUGUCCGAAUUCUCAAAUCUUGGAUCGAGGAUGAAGCAAAGAAGAGCCAAGCUCGUGCCAAGGUACUCGAGGAGGUAGGACGAAGGUGGAAAUGGGAUAACCAAGCUUGACAGUCCUCGCUCCUAAACAUAUAGAGAAGACUUAUCAAUGAUGUCAUGCUAGUUUAAAUUAAAUUCAUGACCAGAGAACCUCCUUAUGGAGUUUCCUAGUGCUAUAAUGUGUAUGCACUCGAGCCUUGAGGCUUCCUUGUAUAACUUCCAAACGCCUGAUGUGAUUUUGAAUCUGCUAUGAGAUUGAUAAAUUCGCCGCUCA